AUGCUUACCUCGCAAGCCGUUAUAUUUUCCAAACACGGAGACCCAUCUGAAGUAUUAAAGAAUCAUAGUUAUGAAAUCGAUGAUUCCAAUGUUGAAUCCGACUCAAUUAUAGUCAAGACUUUAGGAGCACCAAUUAAUCCAUCGGAUAUCAAUCAAGUUCAAGGGGUGUACCCUUCCCAACCAGAGAAAACCACAAUCUUGGGCACCGAAGAGCCUUCUGCCGUUGGGGGUAAUGAAGGAUUGUUUGAAGUGCUUAAAGUUGGUUCAAAUGUUAAGAAUUUCAAAGUUGGUGAUUGGUGUAUCCCAUCCCAGGUUAACUUUGGUACAUGGAGAACCCAUGCUUUAUGUAAAGAGGAAGACAUGACUCCAUUACCAAACCCUGAACAAUCGAAGGCUAAUGGUAAACCAAAUGGAUUAACUAUAAACCAGGGUGCUACAAUUUCUAUCAAUCCAUUGACUGCUUACUUAAUGUUAAACCAUUACGUAAAAUUACAACCUGGUAAAGAUUGGUUUAUCCAAAAUGGUGGUAAUUCUGCCGUUGGGAAAUACGCAAUUCAAAUUGCUAAGAUUCAAGGAUACAACUCAUUAUCAGUGGUCAGAAACCGCGAUAAUUUAGAUCAAUUAGUGAAAGAAUUGAAAGAUUUGGGUGCAACUCAAGUUAUCACUGAUGAAGAUAAUAACCUGAAAGAAUUUGGUGCUACUGUCAAAUCUUGGGUUAAAGAUACCUCUGGUGAAAUCAAAUUAGCAUUAAACUGUGUUGGAGGUAAAAGCUCUGCUGCAGUUGCAAGAAAAUUAAAUCCAAAUGGUUUAAUGUUAACAUAUGGUGGUAUGUCAAAACAGCCAGUUACUUUACCAACCUCUUUACAUAUUUUCAAAAACAUCACCAGUGCUGGUUUCUGGGUCACUGCUUUGACUAAAAAUGAUUUCAACUUGAAAAGAUCUACCUUGGAUAAAGUCGUCCAAUGGUACGAGGAAGGUUUGUUAAAAGAUGCUCCUUCAGUAGAAUCAAAAUUCACCGGUGAAAAACAAUUGAACCAAUUAUUCAUCGACGGUAUCGAAAACUCUAAGAACGGUAAGCAACUCAUUACCUUCCACUAA